CCGUACCGCUCUGCCAUGGCCGCCGCCGCCACACUCCGCUCCGCUCUCCUCUCCUCCUGCCCCGCCCUCCGCCGCCUCUCCUCCGCCUCCGCCGCGCCGCGCGGCCCCCGCCUCGCCCAGCCCAAGGGGUUCGCCCGGGCUCGCCGGUCGUACCCGGCCGCGUUCGCCGCCUCCGCCAUGUCGACGUCGUCGGGGGCCAAGGAGGCGCCGGCCAACAACCCGGGCCUGCAGGCCGAGGCUGACCCCGCCACCAAGGGCUACAUCAUGCAGCAGACUAUGUUCCGCGUGAAGGACCCAAAAGUGAGCCUUGACUUCUACUCGCGUGUGAUGGGCAUGUCGUUGCUGAAAAGGUUGGAUUUUGCUGAGAUGAAAUUCAGUUUGUAUUUUCUUGGUUACGAGGAUUUGUCUGCAGCCCCUGCUGAUCCUAUCCAGCGGACUGGAUGGACUUUUGGGCAAAAGGCUACAAUCGAGCUCACUCACAACUGGGGCACAGAAAAUGAUCCUGAAUUCAAAGGGUACCAUAAUGGGAACUCCGACCCUCGUGGAUUCGGCCAUAUAGGGGUAACUGUGGAUGAUGUCUACAAGGCAUGUGAGCGCUUCGAACAUCUUGGGGUCGAGUUUGUGAAGAAACCAGAUGAUGGGAAAAUGAAAGGCAUCGCAUUCAUCAAGGAUCCCGAUGGCUACUGGAUUGAAAUAUUCGACCUGAAGAGAAUCGGGGAGGUGACUGCUACAGCAUCAUGAUGAAGCAUAAAACUCAAAUAACGGCAUCGCUCCUUGAGAAGAAAUUAUAUGAACUCAUCAGUUAUAUGAACUUGUGCUUAUAUUCUUGUACCGCUAGUCACAUUGUCAUGAGCAAAGAUGUCAUGUGACCGAUGUCUGAGCACAGAUAGAUCUGGCGCUGUAACCAUUCAGUAAUGUCGUAAGCUGCAGGUUGGAUAUUUUGGCAUAAAUAAAGGGCAGACUAUUAGUCAGGCGACUCAGAAUUUAUGAA